GAGGUGCUAUGAGACCAUGUUCUAUGUCAAUGAAAGAUUCUAUAUUUGAAUUGAUAAAUCCUAUGUUUCAUACAUAUGCUAUAAAUUAAAAAGUUGAUAGAUAAAGUAUUUAAAAGAUUUAUUAUAGAACCUCCUCCUGAUGGAGAAGAAAGUUAUAAUUUUAUGAUACUUCAAUAUCAACUUGAGAGUAUGACAGGUGAACCACCAAAAGCUGAAAAGAUUUGGACUCAUGUUUCUUGUUCACUUUGGUUAGAUGUAGAUUUAAUGAAGAUUGAUAAAAGAAAAUUCAAUACUUUAUGUAGUAUAUGUAAGCAAAAGAAAAAUGGAGCAUGUGUAUCUUGCUCAAAAUAAAAGUGUACUAUAUCCUUUCAUCCGGAAUGUGCUAGAAGAUCUUAAAUUUAUAUGGAAUCAGAUAAUAUUUAUUGUUUUAAACAUUAACCAUUAAAAAUUAAAAGAAUAUUUGAGGAUCAACAUAAUUAAUGGAAGGAAGAGAUUUACUCUUUUUUUAAAUAAUAUGAAAAAUUAGAAUAAUAAUUAGCAAAUAGACCUAAAAAUAAUGAUGUUGAAUUUUUGAAAUUUGAACUUAAAGCUUAAUAAGAAGAAAUCGAAGCUGAUAUAAAAUAAGAAAAUGAAUUAUUGUUUUAAAGAAUAACAGAAAUUUUGGAGAAGGAUGAAAAAUUCAUUGUUACUUUCCAAUAAAAUUAAGUAAUAGACAUUUAGUUACCAUACAAAAGAUAGUCUAUAUAUGAUAUUGAAGAAAGUGAUAGAAUUUGGUAAUAAUUGGCAAAUGAGAAAUACUCUUCUGAAUAAGUAUAUGUACUAUAUCAGAGAGCCAUAAGGAUGAGAAAAAAGAAAAAGCAAGGAAAUGCAAUUAUAUAAUUACAAAUGCCUUCAAUACAAGAAUUACCAAAUAGAAAGAGACAUUCAAUAUAUUCUAGACCAAAGUAUUUUAAAUAUCAUAAAAAAUAAAAAUAAAAUGGUUAAUCAAAUACUAUAUCUCUAAAAAUAAAAAUACCAAAGGAGGCAAUCAAUAUUUAAUAGUAAUAUUGUAUUUGCAAAUAAUAAAACGAUGAAGAAAUGAUGUGUAUUAAAUUAUUUAAUUAUUUUAGAGUGUGAAAUCUGUUCAGAAUGGUAUCAUUUGAAAUGUCUAGGAUUUUUGAGCACUGUUGAAGAUGCUUAAAAUCUAUAUUUCUAUUGUUUUAGAUGCGAAUAGAAAUUAAAUAGAGAAUAAGCUAAAUAUAUAAAAAGAUAUAGAUAAUAUUUUGCAGAUUCAACAUUUCGAGAUUUAAAAUUGAAGAUUGGAAUGUCCCCUCAUGAAUUAAGAGCUCACGAAAAAAAGAACUAUAAACAGUUGUCUAAAUGA